UCAUCUCUUUUGCCUUCCUUCAACCUCUGUUGUCCGCCAUUGUUUCUUCUUCUUCUUCUUCUUCUUCCUAGUCGGUCAUUUCUUUAGAGAAACAAUCAUUUUCUUUGGGUGGGUUUUAACUUUGGGGUUUUUCAAGAAAGGAAAAAAGAAAAAAAAAAAAAAAAACUUUGGCCCUCUCUUUCUCUAGCCUCCUUUUGAUUUUUGCUGGUUUCUUUCUGGGUUUUCCCUUUUUUUUUUUUUUUUUUCCUGUGUUUGUGAUUUUUUUUUCUCGUUUUGGGUGUUUGUGUAGCUUCAAUCUCACGCUCGCACACUUGCUUCUUCUUCCUUUUCCUUUUCCUUUUCGUGUGUAACUUUGCUGAAAAAUUUCUCGUCCUUUAAUGGCUUUUUAAAGGGGGGUUUUAAAAAUACCAUUAAUGGUGGGUUUCACUCCGUUUCAGGGCUUUCUUUAACGAGUUUUCUCUUUCAGCUUUCUUUUUCAUUGUUUAUUCCUUCUUCUAUUUGCUCCCUAUUUCAUUCGCUUUCAAUGAGAAUCUGAUUCAUUGAACUUGUAAUCAAUAUGGAUUUGAACUCUGUUUUUUCUUUCCCCAUCAAAUACACUGAGCAUCUUAACCAUGUUAAGCUCACUUCAAUGCCGGAUAUUAGGCCUCGGGUUGUACGGAUUUCCGUCACCGACGGUGACGCUACUGAUUCCUCUAGUGAUGAUGAGUCCGAAAUGUUUGGCCGUCACAGAGUCAAGAAAUUUGUUAAUGAAAUUUCGAUCGAGCCGUCUUGUUCUGGGGAAGGGAAUAGAAUCUGGGGUUUGAAUAGGUCGGCGAGAACUGGCCUGAGACGCUCCACAGGAAAAUGUGGGGUGCCGUCGAGGAAUCGGCGGUCGACGAAGGUUUCUACUGGGAAGAAGUUCCGUGGUGUGAGACAGAGGCCUUGGGGAAAAUGGGCGGCGGAAAUCAGAGACCCACUUCGCCGUGUACGCCUCUGGUUAGGAACUUACGACACUGCGGAGGAAGCUGCUAUGGUUUAUGACAACGCCGCCAUUCAACUCCGGGGACCUGAUGCACUCACUAAUUUCACAACUCAACAAACGAAAUCGUUUACCGAGAAAUGCUCUGGCUAUAACUCUGGUGAGGAAUCGAACAACAACAUUUGUUCUCCAACCUCCGUGCUCCGAUGUCCUUCUCCACCCAUCGAAGAAGCUCAAUCCCAAAUCCCCAGCGAACCGGACAACUCGUGCGUGUCGGAAAAUUUCUCAUCCGAGUUCUCCGACUUCUCGAGCUGCUCCGAUACCUUCAUUCCCGACGAUAUUUUCGCCUUCGAAACUUCGAUUCCAACCUUAUUCGACGAGAUGGGCCUCCAAAAUCAAACCAACUUCUUCAGCAACGACAGUUUCUUCAACGGCGUAUUUCACAGUCCGGUCGAAGAAAUCGGAUUCAGGUUCGAAUACCCGACUUCACCUUCCGACGACUUCUUCCAAGACUUCAGCGAUGUGUUCGGGUCGGAUCCUCUCGUCGCACUCUGAAGCCUCUCCGUCGCCGUUUCACGGCAAAGUUUUGCUCCGGCCGGUGUCGCUUUUAUUAUUGUUUUUAAUUUAAUUUUGUAAUUUUGUUUUUUUUUCUUCUUUUAUUUAACUAUUAUUAAAAAAAAUAUGAAUGAGAGAAGAUGUCCGUCACGUUAACGGCGAUGGACGAGUUUGUCUA